AUGAGCGACGCGUUCAGAGCGGCGGCCAGCGUGGAGCUGAAGCUGUGGCUCUGGGAGCACCGGCCCUUCGAGGGGGACGGCGCGUUCGCGUGCGUCGACGUGCUGCUGUUUCCGGACUACGGGAGGAUCAGCAGCAAGCUCGUCACGGGCAUGCAGGGCGCUUCGAAGCGCGACGAGCUGCACGCCUCCGUUUGGCGCUACGGCUCCGGGGAGCGCACCCCCCUCAUGGUGGCCAACAUACUGACCAACGGGCGCGGGCCGGACUGCCUGGCGGACAUGGGCAAACCGGGCGCGCCCUUCUCCUACCAGCUCGAGAAUAACGGGUGCGCCCUCGUCGUGCGGGACCUCUUCGGCCGCCCGCCCCCCGGCGCCGCCGCAACGAACUGCGGCGUCGAGCUGGUCCUGUGCCCGGUCAUCCGCAAGAUGCGCAAGGCCCCGAAGUUCUUGUUCUACUCCGGCCACCUGCUCCCGAGCGGCGCGCUCGAGGAGGGCCUCCGGCUGCUGGAGAGCCGCGACUUGGCGCUGGUGCUGGAUCUGGACCACACGCUGGUGCACAGCACGCCGCUGGGGCGCGCCUGGCUGGACCGGUUCAGCGCGCGGCCGUCGGGCAAGGACGGCGACGACGAGGCGCGGGCGGCGAAGCACCGCUCGGCGCUGCAGGACCACGUGCACCUAAACGAGUACGUGGCGGGCGACCGGUGCAUCGUGGACACCGCGAACGGCAAGAAGGCGAUCCACGCCAAGUCUGAGGAAGUGAUUCCGGAGAAUCCCUCGGCGGCGCCCUUCAAUCGGCCCGUGGUGCGGCUCACGGACGCCCAGGGGGAGCUGCGUGCGGUGCUGACGCGCUUGGACCCCGCGGACCGCAACAAGUCCAUGCUCCUGCGGCUCAGACCGGGCUGGCAGGAGUUCCUCCGGCGGCUCAACGCCGUGCGCGACCAGGGCGGCUCCACCGACGGACAGCGCGCGACCGGGGGCUUCGAUCUGUACGUCAACACCAUGGGGCUCCGCGAGUACGCGCUGGAGGUGUGGCGCGUGCUGGACCCUGACGGGCAGUGGAUCCCGCACCGGCUGCGGCCGGUGCACAUCGUGGCGGCGACCAAGCACCAGCAGGUCCCGCCGGGCGCGUCCAAGGGCCUCCCGCAGUCCCUGCACAUGGGCAUGUGGCGGUACCGGCUCGAGCAGUACAAGCAGGGCGGGCACGACGCGGCCUCCGAGCACUGGGACGGGGCGGAGUUCAUGCCGAACACACCUACCACCGCGAGCCCCCUGAAGUUCGACGCGUUCGGCAGCGGCCACUCGGAGUUUCCGCUGGCGGUGAUCGUGGACGACACCGUGGGCGUGUGGGACCAGCACAGCAAGCACCAGGUAGUGCGCGCGGAGAAGUUCGAGCAGCAAGAGGGGCCGGAGGAGCUGCUGCGGCUCGCGGAGCUCCUCGGGAUCCUGCGCAGCACGUACUACCGAAAGCUGGACAGGCUGUGCGCCGAGGACUGGCAUGACAGCGAGAAGAUCGCCCGCGGCUUGACGUUGCCGCCGCUGGGGGCCGCCGACCCCGACGACAACACCCGCGAGGGUCCGGCGUCGCUGGUGCUGCGGAUCGCCCAGAAGUUGACCCCGAGGGUGCCGAAGAUCCAUGACCUGAUCGCAUGGAACAGGAAGCUGCGCGAGGAGGACGAGGACGCGGACCGGGAGCGGGAGCGGGAUGGCAAGCAGCGGAGCAAGACCAAGAACAGCGAGGCCGGGCUGGAGCGCUUGUGUCCGAAGCUCGAGGACCGGGCGGCGCCGGACGAGGCGCGGCAGGGCGCGUGGGCCAGGCCGGGCGGGACUGGGAGCGACGUGCCGUUGCCGCGGGUGAGCCCGCGCACCCGCGACCCGCGGGCGCGGCUGCUUCCUGGCUACAGGGCGAGGCCGCAGCCGGAGGUGGAAGACGCGCGCGCGGACAGCCGGCGACGGGGGAACGAGGACGGCGACCAUGGCGGCGGUCGGCACCGCGAGUCGCGCUGGGGCGUCGCCGCGCGCGACGAGCGCAGGGCUGAGGCGGACGAGUUCAGGCACAGCGACAGGGGCAGGGACGCGGGCCGCGACGAGCGCCGACGGUCGCGGGACGCGUCGCGGGACCGGCACGAGCGCGGCCGGGACGCGCGGCACCGCAGUCCUGCGCGGCACGGGGAUGGGCGGGACCGCCGGGACGCGUACGACCACCGCGAGCGCCACGACUCCCGGCACCGCACCGAGCGCAGCGACCGUGACCGGCACAGGAGCCGAUCCAAUGACUAUGAGCGUGUGCCGCGGCGCGUGGUCAUGGCGCGCAGCGAGACGCCGCCGCCGCCGCAUGAGUCGGAGGACGACAGGUCCAACGAUGGGUAUGCUGCCGGCGCGGGACGCGGACGAGGCCGUGGGUCGCCCGGCCGCGCCCGCAUCGUCCGCGGAGGGCGCUCUCCGCUGCGUGGCGGGCGGUCCCCGGGGCGGGGGCGCGGGCAGCGCGGCGGCUCCGGGCGCUCAACGCCGUCCAAGGCCCGAGGCGGUUCGCGGGACCUGGCCGCCAACCACUAG